AUGAUUCGUAUAUUGGCAGCCACCGGAAUAGCAACUACAACAGGACUAGCUUUAUAUUAUUCGAAAUCAAGAGGAAUGAAGGCAAGUAGAAAUACAAAUGAACAGCUGCAGUCUCUGAAAGAUGAUCAAUUCGAUGUUUUAGUUGUUGGUUGUGGAGCAACUGGCGCUGGAAUUGCCCUUGAUAGUGCUAGUAGAGGACUAAAAACCGCUGUUGUGGAAAGAGAAGAUUUUGCCUCUGGAACUAGCAGUAGAAGUACUAAACUAAUCCAUGGUGGUGUUCGAUACUUAAAAAGUGCAAUUCUGCACCUGGAUUUAGAACAGUACCAGCUCGUUCGUGAAGCUUUAAGCGAAAGAUGGCAUUUACUUCAUGUGGCUCCACAUCUAACAAGAGAGCUACCGAUUAUCGUACCAGUAUUCAAGUGGUAUCUGAUUCCGUAUUAUUGGACUGGAAUGAAAAUGUACGAUUUUGUUUCUGGUAAAAAGCGUUUGCCCAGUAGCUACUUUCUUUCCAAACAGAAAGCUUUGAAGCAGUUUCCUAUGUUAAAAUCCUCAGAUCUUGCAGGCGCCAUUGUAUACUAUGAUGGCCAGCAUAACGAUGCCAGAAUGAAUACAUGCAUAGCAUUAACUGCAGCUCGUUAUGGCGCUACAGUUGCCAAUCAUGUUGAAGUUAAGAAAUUACUAAAGAAAAAGCAAGGCGAUCAAGAAGUCGUUUGUGGAGCAACAGUUAAGGACAAUUUAACUGGUGAUGAAUGGGAUGUCCAGGCUAAAUGUGUUAUCAAUGCAACUGGACCGUUUACUGACGGUAUUCGUCAGUUGGAUAAUCCAUCUACAGAAAAGAUUGUUGUGCCUAGUUUAGGAGUGCAUGUUGUAUUGCCUGGCUACUACAGCCCUAAAGAUAUGGGACUUUUAGACCCUGAAACUAGUGACGGAAGGGUUAUAUUUUUCUUACCUUGGGAAGGCUUUACCAUUGCUGGAACAACUGAUAGAGAAUGUAAAGUCACAUCCAAUCCGGCUGCUGUUGAAGAAGACAUUCAAUUUAUUCUCAACGAAAUCUCUACUUACCUAAGCCCUGAUGUUAACGUAAGACGAGGUGAUGUCCUGGCAGCAUGGGCUGGAAUUCGUCCACUUGUCCAAAACCCACAAGCCAAGAACACCUCGGAACUUUCGCGGAGUCACGUUAUUGAAGUUAGCGAUAGCAAUUUAAUUAGUAUUGCUGGAGGCAAAUGGACUACCUAUAGGGCAAUGGCAAAAGAUACUGUAGACAAGGCCAUAACUGUAUGUGGUCUUAGCGCUAAAAAUGAUUGCAUUACUGAAAAUAUCAUGUUGGAAGGUGGAGAGAACUACACAAAGACACUAUCAAUUCGUCUAGUCCAAGAUUACGGUUUAGAUCCUGAGGUUGGAAGUCAUCUCGCUGACACGUACGGCGAUCGGGCACCUGAGGUAGCUAAACACAUUAAUCUUACUGGCAAAAGAUAUCCAAUAACAGGAAUACGUUUAGUAGAAGGAUUUCCUUACAUCGAAGCUGAAAUCAAGCAUGCCAUUCGUGACGAAUACUGCUGCAGUAUAGUUGAUUUUAUUGCUAGAAGGACUAGCUUGGCAUUUCUAAAUGCUCGAGCAACCGAUGCAGCUUUACCGAGAAUUUCUGAAUUAAUGAGUAAAGAAUUAAAUUGGAGCCGUAAAAAGCAAAAGGAAGAAGAGGAAAAAGCUCAUGCUUUCUUAAAAACUAUGGGUUACCGAUUAAAGCGUGAUUUAAUUGGAUCAAAUAUUUCACUGGACAAUGUAGAUGUUGAAGCGUACAAAAGAGUAUUUAAGGACUUUGAUCGUGAUGGUGAUGGCCAUAUCAGUCCGCGAGAUUUGCGUAAACUGUUAGAGAAAUUAGGUAAAGACGUCGGCGAAAGUGAAGUACGAGAUUUAAUAUCAGAAGUAGAUGUCGACAAUAACAGCAUGAUUGAACUAGACGAAUUCUUAAAGUUAAUGAGCGCUCUGGAGGCUGGCCUUGUAUCUGAAAGUCGUCUGGGAAUGAUUGUAAAAAUGCAGAGGCAGAAGAGUGGUUUUGCUGUUCCAAUAAGCAGAAGUGGAGGUGGCGUCUAAAUCUCAUGCAGUGAUUGAAAUAGCUUUGGUUGCAUUAGUAGAAAUGAUCCUACAUAGGUAACGUACGAUUAUCCGUUUGCUACAUUUAUAUCUAAAAUUCGUACGACACCAGAGAGGGAUAUUAUCGGCGUUGCAGUAUAGAUCGACUCUGCAUCAAGCAAUUUACCAACUGUGAUCUAGCGAUGGAAGAGUAUUUGAUUUGUAUUAUGUUGGUUAUUAAUAGAUCUAUUGGGUCAUUUUUAAUUUCCUCAGAAUAAUCUAUUACAAUGAUCCUAUUC